GGAAAAUGCGACUCCCACUGUGUAAAAGAGGGAAUGAACCAGAUGGUUAUAGGAAAAUUCAUGACCAGAAGGGAAUCUUCAGCUAUACGGUAGGUUGCUUGUUGAAUUCUUAGAAUGUGAUAUUGAAAAGAUGUCAGACAAGCUGCUUCUGCUGCAGUAUUAGUCUGAAAAAUCAUCAACUUGCAGAGUUGUGAAUGCCAGAGUCUGAAAUAACAUUUGUCACUAUUAGAAUAGUUAUACUUCACUACGGAAUUUAGGAGUUUGAGGUACUACGUGAAUAACCUGUUGUUAAUUUGACGCGGGACAAAAACGCAUUGGAGAAUGGAACAAAAAUCGCUUGUCUAUGGUUGCUACCGGCUGGACUAGAAGACAUGAGAGCCGACUUAUUAGCGCAAUGAGACAUGUUUCGGAAUUUCGGCCUGCAUUUUUCAACUUGGGAGAACGGUGCACAGGAGAUACCGAUCGUCCUGCUAUCGGGAGAUAAAAGCUGUCAAGGCGGAAACAUCCUCUUUUGACGCUCAGAGUUUGGACUAGAAAAUGUGGCAAAUGCUGCUGUGGCAGCCAUGCAUUUUAAUAAAUCAUGUAAGCAUCGAUAAGCAAUUUCCGGUGGCGCAAUGGGCUGCAAAUAUCCUGUGUCAGCAGCAGCAAUAUGCGCAGCAAGUGUCAGAGACACCUCGAUCGUGAUAAAAUAGCUACGUUUUCAUUAUAGCUGGCUCGUAAGAACCGAAGCCAGUUUAAUGGAUCUGGAUCUCGUUCUCAGCCCUACGGUGGCUUGACCUUGGGCGAACUUCCGGGAGUGCUAAAAGUUCUUUUUUUAUCAUGAAAAUUUGUUGACAGCGACUCCGAAACUCCGGUUUGGUCUGCUGCCAACGCUGGGGAUUAUCACCAAAUCCCCGCGACUCCUCCAACUCUGCCAUUCGACAUUUCACAACAAUUGAGAGUUGCGGCCAAUCAAUCAUGGAUGUCGGUCCAGCAUCUCCACCCAGAAUUGCAGUGAAUCCCCAUCUAGGUUAUGGGAAACGGACAAUGGGCUCCAUGUUACUGACAUGCUUGCACAACUCCUUGACUACAUGCUGCUACCGUUCUUCUGCUACCAAGUUUCACUUAUAUGAGGGAAUUGAGAGCGAAUACAAUUGCUCAAGAAUGCUCUGAGUAUCAUUUCAAUGUCUCUUCAUUCCAGCCACCGGUUUGACAGCGAGGCUAUCGUGGAAAUAUGUGACGGUCCCUAAUGCAUGUUACAUGCGCUGAUCCCAAUUGCUCAGGGCUUCUGCUAGCCCACAGGUAGUGGACUUAUAAAGUGCAUAUGGCUUUCCCCGACUUCAAUCGUCCCGUGCUGAAAUUUGCUGAUGCAGCGGGGAGUGUACCCGGGUCAACGGUUACUGGAAUAGGAUACAAGUCGGGCUAACCUCAUCGCCGAUAACUAUAGUAUAUUUGUCAAGGCUUGCCACCCCCAAGUGCACUGACGCUAUUUACAAUCGGGAAGGGAAGAGGGCUUGGGAGUGGCUUUUCUAACCCUGACGAAAGGCACACUGCCUGGUAUCAAAAGUUUACACUGGAUGCUGGUUCGGUUGUUAUAUAUUGAGGGCUCUCUGGGUGUUUCGUUCUAUAUAUUCCCUUGAUUCGGUUACCGCAAAGGCAUAAGAAUCAAAUGCGAUAUCUAUCUUCUCAGUGUGCAUUUUUCACGUUAUUCGGUAUUACCAAUUUGCGUCCAGCUUUAUUUGGCCGAUAUAUCCUUUUGGCAUCUCGAUAAGCUUAUACCCUCGAGAUGCAGCAAGAUAAAAGGGAGCUUAUCAAUGCUUUGCGCGCUCAUCGUAUCAAUACAAUCACCGAAUUGCGCACAGCGGAGAGGACUCUCAUGCAAUAUGCCCUUACGGAAGUUACGGAACCACUGUCACAGGCCUGGAUAUACUAUGUCAACUCAAACAACCUCCUCUGCGAGUUGAGAGCCCUUACCAGAAACUAUCCCUUUAGUUCCGAAUGUCUCGACGACGCCAAAGCCCUAACCGUUAGCGACCCCAAAAGCGCGCGGAGCUGGAACUACUGCUGGCUUGUGCUCUCUAAAAUGCUGGAACAGCAAUUAAUUCCCAAGCACGCUAGGGAUAUUGCAGCAAAUCCAGUGAUGUGGGGAGGACGAGCUCCAGCCCUGACGGAGGCCGAGCAGCUUUCAGAUGCGUGCACCGCGGAGUGGACCAUGGUUGCUCAGCAAAUGCUACGGCACUGGGAACGACCCCCUAUCAAGUCGGAUGAAUAAAUUACCCGGGAGAACAACGGCUGAUAGAUCCAAAUAGGCGUACCGCAUCUAAGCCCUAUCUUCAGCCUUUACAGCCCCCAAGAUGAAAUGUUCUUUUUUUGUAUCGAUAUCCAUUGUACACUACUUAGAUCGUGUUAGUGUUUAUAUUGCCCGCGUCUAGAAUGGUUUGUCGAGUGCGAUAGAUUUCAUUGAGUUUGCUUGGAACCUCUAAAACCGCUAGCACAUAUUGAAUUCUUUCAAUAAAUAGUAAAAAAUUCUCUCCCUAUAGAUGCCAAUGUCUUAAAGUUACAAACUGAAUGCAGGUAACUCUACAAACGCAAGCUAUAUAUAUCCUUAAUUUUCGGGCACAGGUUGUGCAAUAUGCCCGAUGAGACCAAUAAACAUCAAAAGCAUAUUGAAUUGCAUUUCUUGCCGUUCUUCCUCUCCUAAAUUUCUUUGUUCCCCUACUAUGACAUC